AUGUUCGCCGCGCAGGGAAACAAUGGUUCGGAGAAUGGAGAGGAAUUGCAAAACCUCGGAGAGACUACCCCACAAGAGAGCUCGGGGGGAGUUGUGAUGCAGACGGGUGUAGCAAGGGCGGAGGCGGUUGCUCGCACAUGGACGAAACAAUCUCUUUGGUUUGCAUAUGCUGGAAUAUUUCUUAUGGCGAUUUGUACAUCGUUGGAUAUUCAGGUUACUAGUCUACUCGCAUACAAUGCCACUUCAUCGUUUGCGUCACAUUCACUAUUGUCUACUGUUGGUGUUAUCGGAAAUGUUCUCAAUGCUGUUAUUCAACCACCAAUGGCCAAAGUCGCGGAUGUCUUUGGCCGUAAAGAAGCCUUUGGAAUCUCAAUGCUCUUGUAUGUCUUGGGAUACAUCCAACAAGCCGCCUCUAAAAACAUCGAGGCAUAUGCUAGCGCUCAGAUUUUUUAUGCUGCUGGUUCGACGGGACUGCGAAUUUUGCAGCAAAUAUUUAUUGCAGAUACUUCGGAUCUGUUGAAUCGUGCAUUAAUCUCGUCAUUGCCGGAUACGCCAUUCUUAGUUACUGUCUGGAUUGGGCCAGAGAUUGCUGGGAAACUGGGAACUCCCCUUUGGAGGUGGGGAUACGCAGGAUUCAGUUUAUUAUUGGUGCCGUUGACCCUUGCGGCCUCGGCGACCGGAAGAUGGAAAAAUGGAAGUAUUAUUGCUGCUAUUGUUGUCGGUGGUGUUUGCUUGAUCUUGUUCCCGAUCUGGGAGAUGUGGAAGAAGAUGGCCCCAACACCACUUUUAACUUUAAGAUUAUUGAAGAAUAGAACAGUGCUCUCGGGCUGUGCUCUAGGACUUUUCUAUUUUAUGGCCUAUUAUCUAUCGCUUCAGCCAUACUUUUAUUCGUACCUUCAGGUGGCUAGAAACACAGGAAGUGUUGCCGCUGGUCGUAUAACUCUUACCUUCUCCUUCGCGUCAACGGCCUCAUCAAUCGUUGUAUCUCUUUUUAUAAAGUACACCCGUCACUACAAGUACUUUAUGAUCGCAGGUAUUUGCAUUUAUGUGCUCGGAAUUGGUCUUAUGCUACGCUACCGCAAUGCCGACGCAAACACGGCACAAAUUGUCAUGACUCAAGUCGUCGUUGGCAUUGGCGGCGGCAUGCUGAACGUUCCUGCGCAACUUGGAGUUCAAGCCUCAUCUCUCCAUCAAGAAGUUGGCGCAGCUACUGCAUUGUUCUUGACAAUCGUGUCAUUGGGUGGUGCUGUUGGCAGUGCAGUCAGUGGCGCGAUCUGGACUUACAACAUACAAAAGAAACUUGGCCUAUAUCUUCCGGAGGGUGCGAAGGGGGAUGUAAAGAGCAUAUUUUCCUCAGCAGUCGUGGCACAAACCUAUGCGAUGGGCACUCCUGAGAGAGUUGCAAUAGUCAGGGCGUAUGAUGAGACUAUGAAGAUUCUUUUGAUUAUUGCGGUUUGCGUCUGUAUCCCUAUGUUACCGCUGGGGCUAUUGAUGGAGAAUCAUAAACUCGAUCAGAUUGACCAAGGUGUUGCUGGGGUUGUUAUUGGAUCAUCCUCGAAAACAACAGCCGCUAAAGCUAGUGUCAGAGAGGGAGAGGAGGUCGAUGAAGAGGAGAUCCGGGGAGGAACUUCUAAGAAGAUGAGCAAGAUCGUCCAUAGAAAGACACCUGGACAAUGCUUCGAGUCUCACGAAGCUCCCGAAAGGAUGUCCAAGGCUAUUCCAGAGCCAACCAUCGACAAUGCAGGAAGCUUUAUCACUGUGGUCACUAAGGGCACCCCCGAGGGAUCUAUCGUUAUUCAUGAACGCUUCCUAAAGUCCACUAUAGAGGGCCCCACUGGGGUACCUUGUAUUCUCGCAACUCCUCCGGAAUAUCAAUUACUUCAGUAUGUUAAGCACAAAAGAGCCCCAUAUGAUAUGUGGGUUGAAGAUGUUCCUCUCAGAAACCAGAAGAUCAUCCGCUGCCUUGUAGUUCCUGAUUCGGACUGCACAGUUAUCCCCAUGAGCCUUGGGGAGAAAAGAGACAGACAUUACGCUAGAUAUGGAUAUUAUCUUCAACCGGCCAACGGCGGUGUACGCAUGGUUCCGGGUCAUCGUAAAAACGUUAAAUUCGAUCUCUUAUUUUGGGAUUUAGAACGGAAUGACAAAGAUGGAGUUCUUCAUGGGGUUGGUGCCCGGAGGUUUCCUAUUGAUACUGCAGUCUUGCUUGACCCAGGCCCUCCCUAUCAAUCCUGUGCAUCUGAGAAUCCUGUCUGUUUGCUAGGAAUGGAUUUCUUGAAAAAGUACCCUUAUCUUAUGUUUGUACCCAGAGUCGACUACCGCGGAGAGGUGGACUUCACGCUCUCUGGGAACCCUAUGUUUUACAGGUCGUACACAACCUUUACAGAACUCUCGAAGACGCUUAUCGUCCACAUUUGUGCUAAAUAUAAUGAAGGGACUGGAAAUAUUGGAUGUGGUGUCUUUUUCAAAUCCGGGUCUAUCUUCAACAUCCUCUCUGGUGUUAGUAGGUAUGAUAAUAACGGGAGAGAAAACAAGGAGAAUUUAUGGGAACGGGGUCUUUUAAUAGGAAUUAUCAAAGCUCUGCAUGUGGUUGCGUCAUUCCCAGUUGGACAUGGCUUCACGGAUUUAGUUAUCAGGACCGGAAGUCCACCUAUAAACCAGCUUUUAAGUCAGAAAAAUAACCACGGAAAUGAUGGUUACAAAUUUGAACACAGCGGCGAUAAAAGAGAAUCCACUUUGCAUACUUCAAUCUAUCCGGACCUGGUUCAGUACAUCCGUACCAAUUUUCUUCGGAGAGAAUCCUCGAUCAAAGUCCGAUUUGAAGACUUUAGCACGAAUGAGCACUAUGAUGCUAUUGAGGCUGCAGGGAUACUUGCGUCUGGAGGUGCCGAAAUGGAGGAGUUCUAUUUGGACAAAUCUGCGCAAAAAUACAAUAGAGAUUACAUGAAAUCUAAGCACAUCAGUGCUCUAGGACAAGACCCAAACAUUCUAAAGGAACUGUUUACCAGUUUCGGAAUUGAUGGCUAUUUCAAAAUUCCCUCCAAAGACGCAUUAGGAAUCAUGAAAGCUGCAGAUCAAAAGACUUAUUUAUCUUUGUCUAGGGAAGAUGCUGUAUUUAGGCUGGGCUAUCCUGCUUGGGAAGGGGAGGUUGCAGCUGAACCGACUGGCUUUCUCGAUGAGAAGAAUUAUGAAUUUUAUAAAUUCUCCCCAGUUAGUGAUUUAAAAACAUUAAAGGGCAUAUUGGGGGAGGAUUCUUUGAAAAAAAUGAUGAUUUGCAUCCAGAGUCCCGGCUGGACUACUGGCGAAAUCAUGGAUAUCAUAAGUGGUUCGGCCAGAAAACUCAAGGUCCACGAAUAUCUUGCAAUGCAGACAAAGGAAUAUCGUGAUGAAUAUCUUAAGGAGCUGGAAAGCAAGGGGCUCGAGAAAGGCUGGCAUUUUUGUAAGGAUAAAUCAUGGAACGGGUACAUGAGAAAGAACGCCAAGGAUCGCACGUUGGAGGAAUGGCUCCAGGUAUCAAGUCGUGAAGAAAAGGUUACACCUAAUAAGAUAUCGGAAUCCCCGCAGUUCCGCACUCACAAGUAUUCCCAAGUGCCCGAGUCAGGUGAUACGGGCCCGAGUGAGACCUCUUACCAUAGCAAUUAUACUUCUGAGAGUGAAGAUAUUUCAUCGACUGGGGAGUUUAGCGAAACGAAACGAUCCAUAAAAUCGACAAGUCUUAAGGCCAACGAUAAAUGGCUGCCACUUAUGAAACCAGGAGCUGACACUAGAAUGGAGCCCGCCACAAGCGAGAGCGACCUCACAUAUAAAUACGAGAGUUCAGAUGAUGACCAGAGUCACUCAUCUGAGAUGUGGGAAGAUUCUGGAACGUGUACCGACCCCAUUGAGCUUAUCGAAUCCGAUCUCAAUGAUCAGUAUUCAACAACAGCAACCACGACAAAGAUUGCCGGCGAGAGUGAGCAUUUGAAGGGAAAACAAAAGACUUCCUAUCAGCACUCUGCAAAGUUUCAUCAGGAACCAGAAAUCUUUCAUGAAACAUGGGAAACUUAUCUAUCGGGUAGCAAGAAUAAGCUAGAAAGGAGCCCCGAGGAAGCGCCUCUUAGUUUCCGAAAACCUCUAUAUAGAGCCAAGGUGAAGAGCAAAAGCUACCAUUCUACAUUAGGAGAUUCGACAGAUUCAUUUGAAAGUGAAGAGGGACUUGACUCCAAAAUCAGGGCAGCAGAGUCAAAAUGGCCGCCAUUUGAAUGGGCUCUGGAGAAUGGUUUCCAGGGGAUGACUUCCUAA